AUGCCAGGAGCGGAGAGAAACAACGCACAGUUACCGUUUUCGUGGGAACCGCGAGAGCACUCGCCCCGCGACCUACGCACUCCGUUCCGCGAGUUUCGAGCUCCGUUCCACGAGUUUCGAACUCCGUUCCGCGAGUUUCGAGCUCCGUUCCGCGAGUUUCGAACUCCGUUCCGCGAGUUUCGAACUCCGUUCCGCGAGUUUCGAACUCCGUUCCGCGAGUUUCGAACUCCGUCGCGCGAGUUUCGAGGGAAUAUUGAACGCGGGGACGAUGAGUCCGCCGCAAAGGCCGAAAUUUAUGACGUCUCUAAA